UUUAGGGCAAAAGGUCCUUAUAAAACCAAGCUCUGCUUGCCAGCAAGGCAUCGUCUCUUGUGUUGGGAGCACAGAGAGCCUUUGCAUCAUGAGCUUCACUGGAAAGUAUGAACUCCAGUCCCAGGAAAAUUUUGAACCUUUUAUGAAAGCCCUUGGGCUUCCCGAUGAUCAGAUCCAGAAGGGCAAGGACAUCAAGAGCACCUCAGAAAUCGUGCAGGAUGGGAAAAAGUUCAAGGUCACUGUGACCACCGGCAGCAAAGUGCUGACUAACGAGUUCACCAUUGGGGAGGAGAGCGAGAUGGUGAUGUUGACAGGAGAGAAGGUCAAGGCCAUUGUGCAUAUGGAAGGUGACAACAAGCUGGUGGCAAGCAUGAAAGGGCUGAAAUCCGUCACUGAACUCAAUGGAGACACCAUCACCAAUACCAUGACCCUGGGAGAUCUCAGCUACAAGAGAAUCAGCAAGAGAAUCUAGAAACCGUGUGCAUGAUUAUCAUUUUACUGUGUAAAAUGUGUCCAUUAAAGUCAAAUUUAUAUUAAAGACCUUUUCAUUACUA